AUGGCUUUACCUUUUAGCCCAAGAGGCGGCAGCAGCUUUGAGCAGCAGCAAGGCGGCGGCGGCGGAGGGAGCGCGGAUGGCAGCCGGCGCAGAGGAGGAUGUAGAACGAGACACCGGUGGCUAGGACACGCCGCGAUGGGAAGAGGAAGGCGCCGGCUGUCUACAAUCAGAACGUGGGCUGACCGUGACGUCACAAUGGCGCGGCCAGCCAAUCGGGACCCGAAGGAUGAAUCAAGCGCUAUGAUGUCAUGCGGCCCGGGAGCCAAUCGCGGGACAAUAGAACUUUCUAUCAGUUCUCCCUUUCCAACUUGGACGCGGCAGAACGGCUCCUGCAAAGAAGGGUGGCGAGAAGCAAAGGGUCAUUCUGCCAUCAAUGAGGUGGUGAUCCAAGAAUACACCAUCAACAUUCACAAGCGCAUCCAUGGAGUGCGCUUCAAGAAGCGUGCCCCUCGGGCACUCAAAGAGAUUCCAAAAUUUGCCAUGAAAGAGGUGGAAACUCUAGAUGUGCGCAUUGAUAGCAGGUUCAACAAAGCUCUCUGCGCCAAAGGAAUAAGGAAUGUCCCGUACCGAAUCCGUGUGCGGUUGUCCAGAAAACGUAAUGAGGAUGAAGAUUCACCAAAUAAGCGCUAUACUUUGGUUACCUAUGUGCCUGUUAGCACUUUCAAAAAUGUACAGACAGUCCAUGUGGAUGAGAACUAA